GUGCCCGGGCGGACCGGAGCGGGGAGCAGCGGAGCGCGGCGCGGCCCUGCCGGAUGAGGAGAGGCGCAGGCCAUGGCGCGGUGCACGGGCUCCUGCGGCCGGCGGGGCCGUAGGACGGUAGAGCCCCCUCGCGCCCUAUAGCGGCCGCUGAACCCCUACUGAACUUCACACCUAAUUUAUUAAGCCCCUGCCUGAGCCAUGGACCCGACCCCCACCGUGCUCCCCGCGCCCACCGCGGACUUCCUCUGGAUGCUGAUCUUAGGCUUCAUCAUCGCCUUCGUCCUUGCCUUCUCUGUCGGCGCCAAUGAUGUGGCCAACUCCUUCGGCACGGCGGUGGGCUCGGGGGUGGUGACCCUGCGGCAGGCCUGUAUCCUGGCCAGCAUCUUUGAGACUAUGGGCUCUGUCCUCCUGGGGGACAAAGUCAGCGAGACCAUCCGGAAGGGGCUGAUCGAUGUGAACAUGUACAACUCCACACAGCAGCAGCUGCUGAUGGCGGGUUCGAUCAGUGCCAUGUUUGGAUCUGCUGUGUGGCAGCUUGUGGCUUCAUUCUUGAAGCUGCCCAUCUCCGGUACCCACUGCAUUGUUGGGGCAACCAUUGGCUUUUCGCUGGUGGCCAAAGGGCAAGAAGGUGUCAAGUGGUCUGAGCUGCUAAAGAUUGUGCUGUCCUGGUUCAUCUCCCCCCUCCUCUCAGGCAUCAUGUCUGCUAUCCUGUUCUUCCUUGUCCAGAGGUUCAUCCUCCUUAAGGCUGAUCCUGUCCCCAACGGCUUGCGAGCUUUGCCCGUCUUCUACGCCUGUACUGUGUGGAUCAACCUCUUCUCCAUCAUGUAUACUGGUGCCCCUUUGCUGUUCUUUGACAAACUUCCUCUGUGGGGUAUCCUCCUAAUUUCGGCGGGGAGUGCUGUUGUCUGUGCUCUCGUCAUCUGGUUCUUUGUAUGUCCGAGAAUGAAGAAGAAAAUUGAACGAGAAAUCAAGUCGAGUCCUUCUGAGAGCCCCUUGAUGGAGAAGAACAUCAGCCCCAAGGAGGAGCAGGAGGAGCCCAAGGUGCCUCUGGGCGAUGCCAAGAGCCCUGUGGCUGAUGCAGGGCUGGCUGUGCCCCAGCGAGCCCCGGUGGAGGACAGGACGGUCUCCUUCAACCUGGGGGACCUGGAGGAGGCCUCGGAGCAGGAGCAGCUCCCCAGCCUUGACCUGAAGGAGACGAGCAUCGACAGUGGAGCCGUGCGGCUGCCCAAUGGGAACCUAGUCCAGUUCAACCAGGCUGUGGGCCACCAGCUGAGCUCCAGCGGGCAAUACCAGUACCACACCGUGCACAAGGACUCGGGCCUCUACAAGGAGCUGCUGCACAAACUGCACUUGGCCAAGAUGGGGGACUGCAUGGGGGACUCAGGGGACAAGCCGCUGCGGCGCAACAACAGCUACACCUCCUACACCAUGGCCAUCUGCGGCAUGCCUCUGGACUCGCUCCGCGCCAGGGACACUGAGGACAUGGAGAAGCUGACGUGGCCCGUGGCGGACACCAAGAAGAGGGUCCGCAUGGACAGCUACACCAGCUACUGCAACGCGGUGGCUGAUGCCCAGCCGGCUGCGGACGUGGACCUAAACACGGCCCAGGCGGAGAUGGGCAUCGGCGACCGCAAGGGCAGCAGCGGCUCCCUGGAGGAAUGGCAGGACCAGGACAAGCCUGAGGUGUCCCUCCUCUUCCAGUUCUUGCAGAUCCUCACAGCCUGCUUCGGCUCCUUCGCUCAUGGUGGCAAUGAUGUCAGCAAUGCCAUAGGGCCCCUGGUCGCACUCUACCUGGUCUAUGAGACAAACGAUGUGGCUACCACAGUGGCAACUCCCUUCUGGUUGUUGCUCUACGGGGGUGCAGGGAUUUGCAUCGGCUUGUGGGUCUGGGGAAGGAGAGUCAUCCAGACUAUGGGGAAGGACCUGACACCCAUCACACCAUCAAGUGGCUUCAGCAUCGAGCUGGCAUCUGCCCUGACAGUGGUGAUUGCCUCCAAUGUUGGCCUCCCCAUCAGCACCACCCACUGCAAGGUGGGCUCGGUGGUCUCGGUGGGCUGGUUACGCUCCAGGAAGGCCGUGGACUGGCGCCUCUUCCGCAACAUCUUCAUGGCCUGGUUCGUCACCGUGCCCAUCUCGGGGCUCAUCAGCGCUGCCAUCAUGGCUGUGUUCAAGUUCGCUGUGCUCAAGAUGUGAGGACAUGGGUGCUCGCGCCGCUCCUGCUGCUGCCCCUGCCCCGGGAGCUGGGGGCUCAUCCCGCCAGGGCCAUCGUCACCUCUGGGGCUGCUGCAGUCCUGCCCUGUGUUGUCACUGAAGUAUCUUUAUGUUUGUUUUCUAAUGGCCGUGUCCUGGAGCUCAGUUGCUGGGGGCAGCGCCUGCCCCCACCGUGACUCCCCUGCUGCGCUGUAGCGGUAGAUUAGCAGUUAUGGGAAGCCACUUCUCUUCAUUUUAAUGAGUUAUUAAGGUCCCCUGGCAGUGAUUCCUCCUUCAGUAAGGACUGGGGCUGGUCCUUGCCCCCCAGGGCAGGGCCUGGGGGUGUCCUUCCCCCCCUGGGCUGUGCUGUGUUCAGCUUUGCCUCCAUUGCUGUCGUGGUGUGGACACCAGCUGCUGCCCAACCAUCCCCUGGGGGGCAGCCCCUGCCCCCUUUCCCCCCCCCGCGCUGCUACCUCGGACUCAAUAAAGGUUUCCUUCGUACGCCA